UUUCAAAGCUAGUGACUUUCUACCUCCUAUUCAUACUAUACAUCUGGGUCUCACCAAUAGAUGAUUCAAGAACAUCACUUAAAUACACACUCAACUCUCAGAUUCCUAGCCUCUUGCUCAAUCCUGUGAUCUGACAACGUUCUUCUUGAACAAGCAAACAACCUGACGGAUACUGGAACAACAUUUCUCAUGGCAGCUUCUCAGACCACUCUGUGGAGGUUGAUUUCUGGGAUGUUAGGAGUAACAGCCCUUGUGUUGAUGGCUAUUUUGGGAAUUUUGAUGAAAAACACAUUUAUUGAACCAGAUAACCAGCCAACAGCAUCUUCAGGACCCACCCCUGCACCCCAGAAAGACUCUGGCUGCUGUUCUUGCCAAGAAAAGUGGAUUGGAUACCAAUGCAACUGUUAUUUCAUUUCUAGUGAUUCUAAACCUUGGGCAGAGAGCAAGAAAUCCUGUGCUUCUCAAAAUUCUACUCUGCUUCAGUUGCACAAUGGAAAUGAAUUGCAGCGCUUCAUGAGAUCCAAUACACAUUUUUACUGGAUUGGACUCUCUUACAGCAAAGAACGUGAUGCCUGGUUGUGGGAAAAUGGCUCUGCUCUCAUCCCAGACCAACUUCCAGUCACUAAAUUUUCAAAUACAAGGAACUGCAUAGUUUAUAGCCCAUCUGGAAAUGUUUUGGAUGAACCCUGCACAAAACAAAACUAUUAUAUCUGUCAACAACAGCUCAUAUAGGUGUUGCUUAGGCCAGAAGGGGUGGGCAAUGAGGUCCAGUAUUACUAAAAGGGUAAGUUUACCUCUUAUCCAUAAAAUGUUUCAUGUUAUCUUAUAAAAAAUAUUGAUAUAUUUGAAACCAUGUAUUUUACAACUGAUAAAAUUUGUGCACUUACAUCAGCAGUUGUAAAACAUCAAUAUAAAGAAUUUCAUGAAUAUUUUGAUUUAGUGUACAUGUUCAGUAUUAAAUGUAAUAUAUUUUCAUGCAUAUUUUAAAUUUUUUGCAGUAAUUUAAAUAAAACAAUUCACAUCAAAAAUAUAUAUUAAGAUCAUUUCAGAUUUGUGUGGCAUACUAAAUUGGGAAUUCCCAUCUCGUUUUUGUUUGUCUAGAAGUUAGUUCUUAUUGGCUAUCUAUACAUCUAUAUGUGUCAAUUUGGAGCUGAAAGUGCUAUAUGACAAUUUCCUUGUAUUUAUCAUCCGACUUCACAGGAGAACAGAUUUGCGUCUUGCUGCUCCUGAUUUCUGUAGGACAAUCAGAAGUCUUUUGCCAAAUAUGUUUUUCUAUGUGACUGUGCUUGUAUUUUGUGAAGGAUCUGAGCCCUAACCACACACAUUUACCAUAUCUAUUUCUUUACUCCACAGGCCUUUCUUGCCAUAUGCUUAUCAGUCAGUAAAAAAGUCACAUAUGCAUUAAGAAUCGUAAUCACUAAUCAACCCUAAAACCCUUUUCUAAAGUUUGUCAAAACCGAACAAUUCCAUUUUAGGGGGACAAGGGACAGAAGGAGAAGGAGCAGCCCAUUUUAUUGAGGGGUUUCUGAGUAUGUCAAAGAAGAGUGGGGACGCAGUAAGAUCCGCUGUCCUGACCCGAAUGGGAUUUUCCCCAGCCUCAAAGACUUCAGAAGCCAAUUUAUUUUUUAAAAAAAUUGUUGGACGUACGCCUUAAGAUAUUUAUAUUGACAUCUCUAUUUGUUUACUAAAAAACAUUUUAAUUAAAUCAUAAUAAUUGAAAACCCAAAGUUGAUUUAAAAAUUUUAAAUGUUUUAUUUAUAGAUGAAAGAAAGAGAGAGAUCAAUCUGUUAUUCCACCCACUUAUGCAUUCAUUUGUUCAUUUUUUUUUAUUUAAAAGGAGAGAAACAUCAAUGUGUGUUUGCCUGUCAUGCAUCCCCCACUGCGUACCUGGCCCACAACCCAGGCAUGUGCCCUGAUUGGGAAUCGAACUGGCAACCUUUGGUUUGGAGGUCUGUGCUCAAUCCACUGAGCUACACCAGCCAGGGCCAUUUGUUCACUCUCAUGUGCCCUGAUUAGAGAUCAAACCCACAACUUUGGCAUAUUGGGCUAACACUCUAAUCAUUUGAACUUGUCCCAGAAGCUGCUUAUCCUAUCCUCAUUUUUUAAUUCUUUUUUCUUCUUGUUAUUCAGAUUGGUUGUUAUUUUCUUCCUUAUGUUCCAAAUCAUUAAUUUGAUUCUCAGCUUCACCUACUCUACUGUUGUUUCUCUGUAAAUUGUCCUUUAUUUCAAUUAUUGUACCCAUAGUUUCCAACUAGACCCCUUUUAUCCUGUUGAGGUCCUCACUAAGUGUUAUGAGUAUCUUUAUAAAUAGUCUUUUGAAGUCUACAUCUGACAGAUUGCUUAUCUCCAUUUCAUUUAGUUCCUUUUCUGGAGUUUCGAUAUGCUUUCAUUUGGGCCGUAUUUCUCUAUGUACUUAUUUUGACAGUCUCCUUGUGUUGGUUUCUAUGUAUUUGGUAGAGCUGCUAUGACUCCCUGUCUUGGUAGCUUGGCCUAAUGUAGUAGGUGUCCCAUAGGGUUCAAUGGCAGAGCCUCCUCUAUCAUCCAAGCUGAGUAUUUGAGGAGCCUCCUUUGUAUGGGCUGAGUAUACUUUCCUCUUAUACUUGAGCCUCGGUUGCUGUUCCCAACCAAUGGGUUGGACUUACACAGGCCAGUCAGAUACAACGAUUGGCUAAGACCAAUGGCCACCAACCUCUGCCCUCUGUGGUGGAUCAGCUGUGCAGGGGCAGGGUGGUGGUGCUUCAAAGCAGUCUAUAGCUGUCCACUGGAUAGCAGGCUCUGGGGUUUCCCAGAUGGUGCAGAACAAGGUCAGUCCCCACCUGUGUUCUGCCCAGGACCACUGUGCCUUAGCUAUAAAGCAAUCUGAGAAGCCUGCUGUUUGUGCUGGGCUUGGAGAUUCCAGGUGAUGCCAAAUGUGAAUCGAGGCUGGCUGCUGCUAGCGCCAGGCCUGGGAGCUCACUGAGGCUGGCUGUUGUUUUGAUAGGAUUUAUGAAGUUCUGAAGCAUGAGCUAAGACCAGCUAUUUAUAUGGAAAAGUCCCAGUUAACAAUUUGGGUGGGUCAAUAAGUUGUGUGGGAGGAAGUCUCAGGGGAUCUUCAGGGCUGAGCAAACAGUGUUAGCCAGUUUGACAGAGUGUCAGAUAUGGCACCUGCCAAUCGACUUUGUGGCUGUAGAGGAAGAGCUCAGUAAAGGGACAAUGGCCUCUGCCUGCAUUUAUGUCUGAGAGAAAGCUCUCCUUCAGCUCCCACCUUGUUGCCAGAUACUUCAGCUCCUCUCUAUAUGCCACUGAUUCCUUUCAAACUGCUACUCCUGUGUUGGAGCUCAGAGGGAGUUUGAAUAAGUCCAUGUGUACGUUCUUUAAGUUUUUUUUGCAGUCACAUGUUAUGGGGACUUAUCUUCCUGCCACUGGCACCCUCAGCUGGGAGGCCUGGUGUGGGGCUGGGACACCUUGCUCCCAAGAUAUGUCUCCUGAAUUUUUAUCCACCAUAGAUGUGGGACCAGCACAUUCUGGGUCCACACCCUUCCUACCAGUAUGGAUGGUUGCAGUUUCUUUGAUUCUGUAGUUAUCAGACUUCUCUUCAACCCAGUUUCUGAUGCUUCUGAGUGAUGGUUGUUUAAUAAUUUAGUUGUAAUUUUGAUGUGGUUGUAUAAUGGGGGGUAUCUGAACAACUUGGCCAGUGUUUUAAUAACAUUAAAACCUCUGCCUGUGUGGAGCCAGGGAGAUGUGUGUGACUCUGACCUGUGAUAAAGCUGGGAGGAAGCUCCCCCAAUGUUACAGUCCCUGUACAAGAGCUUGAAGAUGGUUUGCUCCAUGUCAUGGGGCCAUACCUCCCCAGACUAUCUAUGGCAGCCAAGAAAGGCAGAAAAUUCAGGAGUGUUAGCAAGUGUAGCCGAUUGUGGGAGGAGUCAAAACUGGGGUUAUGGAGGAGGAUGCAGUCUGGGAUUGAAACAAAAGGGUGGGCUGCCGGGUGGGAUCAGGACAACGGGAGAAAAUGUGGAACCUUUGUGGGACCAUGCAGGUCAAUAGUGGUGAAAGUACUCUUGUCAGCGGGCCUUAUGGGGGUGCCAUGUUGUUUUGGAUUAAGAACUGGAGAUCACAGCGACACAGUUGAUGGUUUUGGAACUGCGGGAGACCUGCCCAGUUGAGCAUGGAUUACUGGGAGGAACCAGGAGAAGUGAGCUACGGACUCUGUUUUUUUUCCCUUCUGGAAGGUGGUAUUUCUGAUUGGCAUGCUCUGAGGCUGGUCUGACUGGGCAAACGGGGGACGGCAGGGCUGUGUGUUUAUGGGUGUAUGUUCAUUUCUUAAGGGAGUGAGAUUUAACAGCAGAAUUCUCCCAUUGUUUUAAACCCGUAUAACUUUUAAUUAAAUAUGUUUUCCUUUUUACUAACUCUGGCAUUGAGAACCACAGUUCCUAACACAGUUCUGGUUAAAGAAGAACCAUAGAACAAAAGACUGUGGGGAGGGCAGCUUGUUUCUGAGACAGUUGUGUGAGGAGGCCAAGUUUACCUACACUGACAUCUUGACCGGAAUUCCCUUGGGACUUUAAUUACCUCUAAAAACAGCCCAGUCUUUGCCACUAUUCGGGAUGUAAAUCACACCGUAUUCAUAAACCCUACUCAAAUUUAAGGGGAGAGGACUGUACAGGUAUAUACGAGGGCAUGGGAGUUUGGUUGGUCAUCUUAGAGAUUUGCUUACUGUACCAACAUACCCCUAAAAUAUGUUGUCACUGCUACUUCAUAGUUUAUUAAAUUUAAACACUGCAUAUUACUUUUUAGUUCCCCCAUUAUAGUGACUUCUAAGUUUGCUUAAAAAAUAGAUUUAUUUUACAGUUGCCCUGAGACAGCCCUCUGCUUAUUUCAGGAUAGGCUUGUGACUCAGCGUCUUUGAAGGUUUUAUUUACAGAGAGAGAGGAGAAGGGAGGGGAAGAGAGGGAGAGAAGCAUCAAUAUCCUAGAGGCAUAUUGAUCAGUGCCUCUCACACUCGCCCCAGCCGGGGCCCAGGCUGCAGCCCAGCCCUGUGCCUUGACCAGAAUCAAACCGUAACGGUUGCUGCCGGAGGGAGCUCAGCCAAGUUUGGUCUCGAGUCAGUUUUUCACUCUUGGCCAUGAUGAACUAUUUAUGGUAAGUUCUUUGAAGUUCAAAAUUAUUGAGUGUAACCGAGGGCCAAUUUUUAAUUGAUAACUUACACUUGAAAUAAUGAGUUAGAAAUCCUAUUUCUGUGUGACCAGAUCUGUGGGGAAUUUCUGCUCGAGCUCUCCUGAAACCCUGUGUCAGCAGCUUCAUCCAGAGGUGAAUCGUGUCUUCACACACACAGAAAUAUACUGGGAGCUUGUCACUGGGCUGUCUUUGGUCCCCAAAUAACUGCGGACCUCAUUUGAAUUCUCUUUCUCCUGCUUCUUCAUAUUAUGUAAUUUUACUAAAGCUUUACAUAAACAAAGCAACAAACAACAAGUGUUGUAGAGGUUGAGGGGAAAAGGGGACACUAGUUCACUGUUGGUGGGAUUGCAGACUGGUACAACCACUAUAGAAAACGGUAUGGGAUUUUCUCAGAAAACUAAAAAUGGAUCUGCCUUUUGACCUGGCAAUUUCACUGCUAGGAUUAUGUCCUAAGAACCCUGAACCACCAAUCCAAAAGAACCUAUGCACCCCAAUGUUCAUAGCAACACAAUUUACAAUAGCCAAGUGCUGGAGGCAACCUACAUAAUUUACAAUAGCCAAGUGCUGGAGGCAACCUAAGUGCCCAUCAGUAAAUGAAUGGAUCAAAAAACUGUGGUACAUUUACACAAUGGAAUUCUAUGCAGCAGAAAGAAAGAAGAAGCUCCUACCCUUUGCAACAGCAUGGAUAGAACUGGAAAGCAUUAUGCUAAGUGAAAUAAGCCAGGUGCUGAAGGACAAAUACCAUAUGAUCUCACCUUUAACAGGAACCUAAACAACAAAACAAAUAAACAAGCAAAAUAUAACCAAAAACACUGAAAUAGAGAAGAGGCUGACAGUGAUCAGAGGGGAGAGGGGAGGGAAUUUCAGGGGAAAAG